UCCGGUCCCAUCCGGUCCGGUCCGGUCGGGUCCGGGGCCGCCAUGGACGUGAGGCGGCUGAAGGUGAACGAGCUGAGGGAGGAGCUGCAGCGUCGCGGGCUGGACAUCCGGGGCCUGAAGGCGGACCUGGCCGAGCGGCUGCAGGCCGCCGUGGAGGCCGAGCGGGACCGGACCGGACUCGGACACGAGCCGACGCGGGACCUCGAACCCAGGGCCCGGGCCCGGCCGGCCCCGCAGCAGGACCCCUACCCGACCCUCGACGACCACUAUGACGCGGACCACCUCCCCGAACAGAAUCGGCUGUAUGAGGCUGGAGAUAUUAAGCAGGAGAACGAAGCCGGGCGGGAGAGAAGGCCGGAAGAGGAGGCGGUGCGGCCUGCUAUGGUACCUCCAGUGGAGGUCAAUGCUGAAGUAAAGCAAGAGGAAUGCCCCGCUGGCCUGGCCCCACUGGAUCCGUCUCAGCCCAGGCAGGACCGACAGCCAUUCCAGAGUCGCAAGAGACCUUUUGAAGACUGCCGCGGUCGGGGUUACUAUGAACACCGGGAGGACAAGAGAGGCCGGUCACCUCAGCCCCCCGCCGAGGAUGACGAGGAGGAGUUUGACGACACGCUCGUGGCCAUUGACACGUAUAACUGCGACCUUCAUUUCAAAGUGUCCCGGGACCGGUGUAGCGGAUACCCCCUCACAAUCGAGGGCUUCGCGUACCUGUGGUCCGGCGCCCGGGCCAGCUACGGAGUCCAGAGGGGCCGUGUCUGCUUUGAGAUGAAGAUCAACGAAGAGAUCUCCGUGAAGCACCUCCCGGCUUCGGAGCCCGAUCCGCACGUGGUCCGCAUUGGCUGGUCCUUGGACUCCUGCAGCACACAGCUGGGAGAAGAGGCCUUCUCUUACGGCUACGGGGGAACCGGGAAGAAAUCCACCAACUGCAGAUUCGAAAACUACGGCGAGACGUUCGCCGAGAACGACGUGAUCGGCUGCUUCGUGGACUUUGAGUGUGGCAACGACGUGGAGCUGUCCUUCACCAAGAACGGCAAGUGGAUGGGCAUUGCUUACCGGCUACGAAAGGAAACGCUGGGCGGCCAGGCCCUCUUCCCGCACGUGCUGGUCAAGAACUGCGCCAUCGAGUUCAACUUCGGACAGAGAGCCACCACCUACUGCCCCGUCCCCCCGGGCUACACGUUCAUCCAGCACCUUCCCCUCGGGGAGCGAGUUCGGGGAGCCAUCGGACCAAAGAGCAAAGCUGAGUGUGAGAUCCUGAUGAUGGUGGGCUUGCCAGCGGCGGGAAAGACCACGUGGGCCGCGAAACACGCCGCCGCCCACCCUGCCAAGAAGUACAACAUCCUGGGCACCAACUCCAUCAUGGACAAGAUGAGGGUGAUGGGUCUCCGCCGUCAACGCAAUUACGCCGGCCGCUGGGACGUCCUCAUCCAGCAGGCGACACAGUGCCUCAACCGCCUCAUCCAGAUCGCCGCCCGCAAGAAGCGCAACUAUAUCCUGGACCAGACAAAUGUGUAUGGAUCAGCCCAGAGACGAAAAAUGCGCCCCUUUGAAGGUUUCCAGCGCAAAGCUAUUGUCAUUUGUCCUUCGGAUGAGGAUCUAAAAGAUCGAACGAUAAGGCGCACUGAUGAGGAGGGGAAGGAUGUGCCCGAUCACGCGGUGUUAGAAAUGAAAGCCAACUUCACGCUGCCGGACCCCGGGGACUUCCUGGACGAGGUGCUGUUCGUGGAGCUGCAGCGGGAGGAGGCGGACCGGCUGGUCAAGCAGUACAACGAGGAGGGCAAGAGGGCCGGCCCGCCCCCGGACAAGCGCUUCGACAACCGCGGGGGCGGCUUCCGGGGCCGGGGCGGCGGGGGCGGCGGCGGCGGCUUCCAGCGCUACGAUAACCGGGGACCCCCAGGAGGGAACCGCGGCGGGGGCGGCGGCUUCCAGAACCGCGGCGGAGGCGGCGGCGGGGGCUUCCGGGGAGGUUUCAACCGCGGCGGGGCCGGCGGCUACUCCCAGAGCCGCUGGGGCGUGGGCGGCCGGGACAACAACAGCCCCAACCGAGGCGGUUACAGCCGCGGCCCCCAGCAACAGCAGCAACAACAGCAGCAGCAGCAGAGCUACAGCCCGGCCCACCCCCAGCAGACGGCCAGCUACACCAAGAACGACAGCGGCAGCGGGCCGGGCGCCACCAGCGCGGGCACCGGGCCGGCCAUCAGCACUUACAACCCAGGACAACCGAGCUACACUCAUCCGUACAACCAGGGCGGCUACAGCCAGACGGGCUACACCGCGCCGCCGCCCCCGCCGCCCCCCCGCCGCCCCCCCGCCUACACCUACGGGACCUACGGGGGCUACAGCCCCGCUUACACCACCCCGCCGCCGCCCCCGCCCCGCCGCCCCCCCAACCCCGGACAGACCUACGGGCAGCCCAGCUACAACCAGUAUCAGCAGUACGCCCAGCAGUGGAACCAGUACUACCAGAACCAGAGCCAGUGGGCCCCCUACUACGGCAGCUACGACUACGGGAGCUACUCCGGGAGCUCGCAGGGGGGAUCCAACACGCAGUAGCCCGGCUCACCCCUCUCCCUCCAGAGAAGGCAUGUCCACCCCCGUCCCCCGCCCCUCGAGAUGCAUUAUUUCUUUACACGUUUUAAAACAGAACGAAAAGUCUUUAACUUUCUACGCCCCACCAGAAGAAGCUCGACUCCUCGCCCUCCCCAGUAGGUGCCAAGCACCCUUCAGGCCGAGACGUCCGACAGCCGGAGGGCCCACCCUCCUCCGGGCCGCCGCCCCCCGCCUCCCCGCCCUCGCCCCGGCUUCACCAGAUUUUAACGCGGUUUAGUGUAAAUCCUUCCCGGAGAUGUUUUAUUGUCGGUUUUGC